CGCCGCUGCUCCGGGGCCGGGCUUCCUGGCCGGGUCGGGACCUCCCGCUCCUCGCGGGAGCCGCCGCCUACCAGAGCGUCAGGGAGGAGCCGCUGUGCCACUGCGGAAGAAGCGCGGGGGCCUCCGAGGGAUGGGGAGCUGCCCCGGGCGCUGAGACAGGGUCCCUGUCAGCGCGGUGGCCGGAGCCGGGUGGGGGCGGCGCGGAGCAGCUAAGGGCCCUCGGCCCGGGGACAUGGGGCGGCGCGAUCCCGGCGCGGGACGACGGGAGACGCGGCGGAGGCUGCGGCCACGAGCGGCCGGCAGCCCCAGAUAGAGCGGGGACCCGAGGGCCGGGGCCUGGCGACUCGGGAUAGGAGCCGACGCCCGUCCGGGAGCCGAUCCUGCCUCAGCCCCGGAGGGAUCCGGGUUCCCGUCCCACGGCUCGCGACUUCCCUCUGUGACGAAGUUUUCUCCCUGUGCCUUUCCGAGGACCGUUGCUAGUUCUAGAACUCGCCUUGUGGCCGACUUGCUCGGCUUGGGGAGAUAACUUGUUUUGCUUCAACCCGCAUCCCCUUUCCUUGACCCCUUGCAAUCGGAUGUUCUAGAUGACUGAAUGGAGUUUUGAGUUGGACUUUUGUGUCCCUUCCGAAAUUGGGCCUGAUCCCAGAGCACUGGGGGUGGGGUGUGGAGGUGUUACUGUAAAAUGCAAGUUGGAUAAAAAGAAGACCUCUCGCCAAGGGCCCCAAUGAGUGGCACACAGUCUACUAUCACGGACAGGUUUCCCCUCAAAAAACCUAUAAGGCAUGGAAGUAUUUUGAACCGAGAGUCACCAACAGAUAAGAAACAGAAAGUCGAACGCAGUUCAUCACAUGAUUUUGACCCCACAGAUAGCUCCUCCAAGAAGACAAAGUCUAGUUCAGAGGAGAGUAGAUCCGAGAUCUAUGGUCUUGUUCAACGCUGUGUGAUCAUCCAGAAAGAUGACAAUGGAUUUGGGCUGACAGUCAGUGGAGACAAUCCAGUCUUCGUACAAUCUGUCAAAGAAGAUGGAGCAGCCAUGCGGGCUGGAGUACAAACAGGUGAUCGAAUCAUCAAGGUGAAUGGGACUCUGGUGACUCAUUCAAAUCAUCUGGAGGUGGUGAAACUAAUCAGAUCUGGUUCCUAUGUAGCUCUCACUGUCCAGGGACGCCCACCUGGGUCGCCCCAGAUUCCACUUGCUGAUUCUGAAGUAGAACCACCAGUGACUGGACAUAUGUCUCCCAUUAUGACAUCCCCUCAUUCCCCUGGAGCAACUGGGAAUAUGGAGAGAAUCACUAGUCCUGUGCUUGUGGGGGAGGAAAACAAUGUGGUCCAUAACCAGAAAGUAGAGAUUCUGAGGAAAAUGUUACAGAAAGAACAGGAACGGCUGCAGGUACUGCAGGAAGAUUACAACCGAACGCCUGCCCAAAGAUUGCUCAAGGAGAUCCAGGAGGCCAAGAAGCACAUCCCGCAGCUGCAGGAGCAGCUGUCCAAAGCCACAGGCUCUGCGCAGGACGGAGCUGUAAUUGCACCCUCCAGGCCAUUAGGUGAUGCCCUAACAGUUGGUGAGGCAGAAACAGAUCCUGGAGAUGGCCUGUGCAGGACUGACUGGAGCAGUGGAGAUGCUUCUCGGCAUAGUAGUGACAAUGCAGAUAGUCCCAAGAGUGGCCUGAAAGAAAGGAUCUGUCUGGAGGAAACCCCAGAGAAAAGCGAAGGGGUUCAGGACACCGACACACAGUCGCUGGUCGGCAGUCCCUCCACCCGUGGGGCACCUCAUAUUAUUGGGGCAGAGGAUGAUGAUUUCGGUGCUGAACAUGAACAGAUCAAUGGACAGUGCAGCUGUUUCCAGAGCAUUGAACUAUUAAAAUCUCGCCCUGCUCACUUGGCUGUUUUCUUACAUCAUGUAGUUUCACAGUUUGACCCUGCAACAUUGCUCUGUUAUCUCUAUUCAGACCUGUAUAAGCAGACGAACUCCAAGGAGACUCGGCGUGUCUUCCUUGAGUUCCAUCAGUUCUUCCUGGACCGGUCUGCUCACCUGAAAGUUCCCGUUCCUGAGGAAAUCUCUGCGGAUCUAGAAAAGAGAAGGCCUGAGCUCCUCCCUGAGGACGUGCACCGCCACUACAUUCAAACUAUGCAGGAGCGAGUCCACCCGGAAGUUCAGAGGCAUUUGGAAGAUUUUCGACAGAAACGGAGCAUGGGACUGACCUUGGCCGAGAGUGAGCUGACGAAACUUGAUGCAGAGAGAGACAAGGACCGGGGAACUCUGGAGAAGGAGCGAGCGUGUGCGGAGCAGAUCGUUACCAAAAUCGAAGAAGUGCUGAUGACUGCUCAGGCUGUGGAAGAAGAAAGGAGUUCCACAAUGCAGUAUGUUAUUCUCAUGUAUAUGAAGCAUUUGGGAGUAAAAGUGAAAGAACCUCGAAACUUGGAGCACAAGCGGGGUCGGAUUGGAUUCCUUCCGAAGAUCAAGCAAAGCAUGAAGAAAGAUAGAGAAGGCGAAGAGAAGGGGAAGCGGAGAGGAUUCCCCAGCAUUUUGGGACCCCCAAGGAGACCCAGCCGCCACGACAACAGUGCAAUUGGCAGGGCCAUGGAGAUACAGAAGCUGCGCCACCCGAAGCACGUAUCUGCACCCUCGUCUGUGAGCCCUGAGCCCCAGGACCCUGCCAAGUUGCGCCAGAGUGGGUUAGCCGGUGAGGGGUCAGACACUGGAUACCUGCCUGCAAGUUCCAUGUCCUCUGCCACAUCAGGGGCUGCUCUUUCCCAGGAGGGAGCCAAAGAGAAUGAUGCAGGAUCAAAACAAGUUGGAGAAGCAUCGGCGCCUGGAGACUGUGUGGACAGUACACCUCGCGUCCCCAACACCGUGUUUGACUUCCCUGCUCCUUCGUUAGAUCAAGUGCAGGAGGAGGGAUGUGAAGAAGAGAGGGUGACAGAACAUGGAACCCCAAAACCCUUUCGAAAGUUUGACAGCAUCGCCUUUGGAGAAAGUCAGAGCGAGGACGAGCAGUUUGAAAACGACCUAGAGACGGAUCCGCCCAACUGGCAGCAGCUUGUUAGUAGAGAGGUGUUAUUGGGACUGAAACCUUCCGAGAUUAAAAGGCAGGAAGUGAUCAAUGAACUGUUCUACACUGAGAGAGCUCAUGUCCGAACACUGAAGGUUCUUGACCAAGUAUUCUAUCAGCGCGUCUCCAGAGAAGGGAUUCUGUCACCCUCAGAACUGCGCAAGAUUUUCUCAAACUUGGAUGAUAUUCUUCAACUUCAUGUUGGGUUAAAUGAGCAAAUGAAAGCUGUUCGAAAGAGGAAUGAGACCUCCGUUAUUGAUCAUAUUGGGGAAGAUCUGCUCAUCUGGUUCAGUGGACCUGGGGAGGAGAAGUUGAAGCAAGCUGCUGCUACCUUCUGCAGUAACCAGCCUUUUGCCCUGGAAAUGAUCAAGUCUCGUCAGAAAAAGGAUUCUCGAUUCCAGACUUUUGUGCAAGAUGCUGAGAGCAACCCCCUGUGUCGUCGUCUUCAGCUGAAGGACAUCAUUCCCACCCAGAUGCAGAGGCUUACUAAAUACCCGCUGCUCUUGGAUAAUAUCGCCAAAUACACAGAAUGGCCUCCAGAAAGGGAGAAGGUGAAGAAGGCUGCAGAUCAUUGUCGUCAGAUCUUAAAUUAUGUAAAUCAGGCUGUCAGGGAGGCCGAAAACAAGCAGCGCUUAGAAGACUAUCAGCGUCGCCUUGACACCUCCAAUCUCAAGUUGUCCGAGUACCCAAAUGUUGAUGAGCUCAGGAAUUUGGAUUUAACAAAGAGAAAGAUGAUUCACGAAGGGCCAUUGGUCUGGAAGGUGAAUAGAGAUAAAAGCAUUGAUCUUUACACCCUGCUCCUGGAGGACAUUCUUGUACUGCUGCAGAGGCAGGAUGACAGGCUGGUGCUACGGUGCCAUAGCAAGAUUCUGGCAUCCACAGCCGACAGCAAACAUACCUUCAGCCCUGUCAUUAAGCUGAGCACAGUGCUGGUUCGACAGGUGGCAACAGAUAACAAAGCUUUAUUUGUCAUCUCCAUGUCAGAUAAUGGAGCUCAAAUUUAUGAAUUGGUAGCACAGACAGUUUCUGAAAAGACGGUCUGGCAAGACCUCAUCUGUCGAAUGGCCGCGUCGGUGAAGGAGCAGUCCACGAAGCCCAUCCCCCUCCCAGAGUCACCACCUUGCGAAGGAGAUAAUGACGAAGAAGAACCAUCCAAAUUAAAAGUGGAGGGCCAUGGUCUUUCGGUCACUGGUCUGCAGAGUCCAGACAGAGUUUUGGGAUUAGAAUCUCCCUUAAUUUCGUCAAAACCUCAGUCUCACUCACUGAGUACCCCUGGCAAAUCAGAGGCAGAACAUCUCUUUGUGACCACAGCACAGUUUGCAAAGGAGCAGCAUGCAAACGGGACACUGAAGGGCGAAGGCGGUUAUCCGGUCACGGUCCCCGAUCCAAACUUAUCUGUGUCGGAGGAGCGGUGGGCGUUGGACGCACUGAGAAAUUUGGGCCUGUUGAAGCAGUUGCUGGUCCAGCAGGUAGGCCUCCCUGAGAAGAGCACUCGGGAAGACUGGCAGUCCUUCUCAAGAUACGGGCGAGCUUCUGAAGAGGCGCAGGCAGAGAGUGGCAUCCAGGACUCUGAAAACGUUACGGCUUGUCAUGCCGGGGAGGGACAGAUGCCUUUUAAAACUGGAACUGGUGACGUUGCAGCUUGUGACAGUCCACGGACUUCACCUGAGUCCUGUGCUGCACAGGAUUCAGUGAUACUGGCAUCCCAAGACAGCCAGGCAAGUAACAUUUUAGUAAUGGACCACAUGAUCCUGACCCCAGAGAUGCCUCCUGCAGAGCCAGAAGGGGGGCUGGAUGACAGUGGAGAGCACUUUUUUGAUGCCCGUGAAGCACAUAGUGAUGAUAAUCCAUCAGAAGGUGGUGGCGCGGUUAAAAAGGAAGAGAAGGAUGGUAAUGUACGCAUCUCAGGAAACUGUUUGAUCCUUGAUGACUAUGACGCGGUGCAGGAGAGCUCCACAGAUGAGGAGGUUGCCUCCUCAUUCACCCUGCAGCCCGUGGCAGGCUUCCCCUCAGUGGACUGCACCCUCCAGCAACAGCAUUCCCCUCAGAAUGCUCAUUCUGAUGGGGCAGUUUCACCAUUCACCCCAGAGUUUCUGGUCCAGCGACGCUGGAGAGCUAUGGAGGAUGCUUGUUUUGAGAUCCAGAGUCCCUCUUCUUGUACAGAUUCUCAAAGCCAAAUCCUGGAGUACAUUCAUAAAAUAGAGGCUGACCUCGAACACUUAAAGAAGGUGGAGGAAAGUUAUGCCCUUCUUUGCCAAAGGCUGGCUGGCUCAGCCCUCCCUGACAAGCUCUCAGAUAAAAGUUAGAGCCUCGCGUCCUGGAGGUGACUGCAGGUUGUUGGAAGUUUGAGUGUCGGCCCUGUAUCAACCACAUCCCUGCUCCAGUGUGGACACAGAGAGAGUGUGACAGAGGAUCUGCCUGGAACCGCCUGGGCCCAGCCACACCCCAGGGCGCCCCAUUUGGGACUAGUUCUUCAGUC